AUGCCUCCCGUUCAACAAUACCAAUAUGCUCACCAACCAUCGAACUUUGAGAAGUUCAAGAUGGGAGCUAUCAUGGGAUCAACCGUAGGAGUGGUCGUGGGGGUCCUAUUUGGGGGAUUUUCUAUUAUACAAAAUGGACCUGGUCCAAAUGGAGCCAUGAGAACUUUGGGUCAAUAUAUAUUAGGUAGUGUUAGUACUUUUGGAUUGUUUAUGAGUAUUGGAUCUGUCAUUCGGAGUGAUGUUAAGUUUCAAGCAUAUGAAAGGGCUUUAAUUGCUUCUCAAAAGCUGAGAUCUUCUUUGGCUGAAGAAAUUGCUGCGUUGGAAAGAGAUUAA